UGUCUCACCAGGGUAUAUAAGGUAGGUGAGGCCAGUCGUGUGCCAAGCUCACAAGCUCGCACGAGCUGAUUGAGGGGUAAGAGCAAGACAGACGCGUGCCUUAAACUUCAACACAAACUAUCUGCAGGACUCUGCAAGACCUCAAACACCCAGUUUCAUCUCCCAGCCCACAUAAGGUUACCAACAAUGGAGACUGUCUACUCCGACAUGGACACCUCAAGCUGCGACUACUCCUUUACGCACACGGAUGAUGAGGACUCACGCAGCAGCCUCCACUCCGCGUCCCCCGCGUCCUCCUGCGGCAAGCCGCCUGCGUCUCCAGCCGAGCUCCAGCAGAAAAAGCGGCGCAGGGGGCGCGCGAGGAACGAAGCCACCGUGCACGUCGUGAAGAAGAACCGCCGGGUGAAGGCCAACGACCGCGAGAGGAACAGAAUGCACAACCUCAACGACGCCUUGGAUGCUUUGAGAAGCGUGCUGCCUGCCUUUCCCGACGACACGAAGCUGACCAAAAUCGAGACUCUGCGCUUCGCUCACAACUACAUCUGGGCGCUUUCCGAGACCAUCCGGAUCGCAGACCAGCGGCAGAACAAGCCCAGAGACCCUGCGCUGCUGCUCCCAGGACUAAGCUGCAUGGGAGAUGCGCCCAGCCCCGGCGGUGACUCUUGCUCCUGGCCAUCCGGCACAUCCUCCUCGUCUUCAUCCCCCUCGUCUUCAUCCCCGUCUUACUGCAAUUCAGACCCGGGCAGCCCCGCAGCCAUGGACGAUUUUGGAUACUUGCAGACCGAUGUAGUUUACAGCUACCACAACUUCGUGCCUAGCAUCUAUUAA